GCCUCAAAAGAGCCCAGGAUAUUGCAGAGCGCACUGGAACCCUGGCCAGCGCGCAGCCUUCCCGGCGCCGGCAAGCUGGGUCUUGGGAAUUCUGGCUUGCUUUGGCUCACUCGCUUUUACAAACUACUGGAUCUUACAUGCCUCUGUAACCCCCACUUCCACUCCAUGUCCCCAUGCUCCUGCGCCAGCAACAGGACAUGUUCUCUGGAUGUCAACUGAGUUACUAAGGUAACUCUGCAUGUCAGUAGACAGACCUUGGUAGAACUCCAAGGCUCCUGGAGACACUCAUCUCUCCUCAUUUUUUUUUUUUUUGUGUGUGUACUCACUGAACAUUCAAAACUGUUUCUCCAAAGGGUUUUGCAAAAACUCAGACUGUUUUCCAAAGCAGAAGCACUGGAGUCCCCAGCAGAAGCGAUGGGCAGUGUGCGAACCAACCGCUAUAGCAUUGUCUCUUCAGAAGAAGACGGCAUGAAGCUGGCCACCAUGGCAGUUGCAAAUGGCUUUGGGAAUGGGAAGAGUAAAGUCCACACUCGACAGCAGUGUCGGAGCCGCUUUGUGAAGAAGGACGGCCACUGUAACGUUCAGUUCAUCAACGUGGGUGAGAAGGGACAACGGUAUCUCGCAGACAUCUUUACAACGUGUGUGGACAUCCGCUGGCGAUGGAUGCUGGUUAUCUUCUGCCUGGCUUUUGUUCUCUCAUGGCUGUUUUUUGGCUGUGUGUUUUGGUUGAUAGCUCUGCUCCAUGGGGAUCUGGAUGCAUCCAGAGAGAGCAAAGCUUGUGUGUCUGAGGUUAACAGCUUCACGGCCGCCUUCCUUUUCUCCAUUGAGACCCAGACAACCAUAGGCUAUGGCUUCAGGUGUGUCACGGAUGAAUGCCCGAUUGCGGUGUUCAUGGUGGUGUUCCAGUCAAUCGUGGGCUGCAUCAUAGAUGCCUUUAUCAUCGGUGCAGUCAUGGCGAAGAUGGCAAAGCCCAAGAAGAGAAACGAGACUCUUGUCUUCAGUCACAACGCUGUCAUUGCCAUGAGAGAUGGCAAGCUAUGUUUGAUGUGGCGAGUGGGCAAUCUUCGAAAAAGCCACUUGGUGGAAGCUCACGUUCGGGCACAGCUCCUCAAAUCCAGAAUUACUUCUGAAGGGGAGUAUAUCCCCCUGGAUCAAAUAGACAUCAAUGUUGGGUUUGACAGUGGCAUUGACCGUAUAUUCCUGGUGUCCCCAAUCACCAUAGUCCAUGAAAUAGAUGAGGACAGUCCUUUAUAUGAUUUGAGUAAACAGGACAUUGACAAUGCAGACUUUGAAAUUGUGGUCAUACUGGAGGGCAUGGUGGAAGCUACGGCCAUGACCACGCAGUGCCGUAGCUCUUACCUAGCGAACGAAAUCCUUUGGGGCCACCGCUAUGAGCCUGUGCUCUUCGAAGAGAAGCACUACUACAAAGUGGACUAUUCCAGGUUCCACAAAACUUACGAAGUACCCAACACCCCGCUUUGUAGUGCCAGAGACUUAGCAGAAAAGAAAUACAUCCUCUCAAAUGCUAAUUCAUUUUGCUAUGAAAAUGAAGUUGCCCUCACAAGCAAAGAGGAAGAUGACAGUGAAAACGGAGUUCCAGAAAGCACUAGUACAGACACUCCCCCUGACAUAGACCUUCACAACCAGGCAAGUGUGCCUCUAGAGCCCAGGCCCUUACGGCGAGAGUCGGAGAUAUGACUGACUGAUUCCUUCUCUGGAAUGUUCACUUGACAACACAGUCUGUUGAUCAGAGGCCCAAAACAGUUCUACAGACGACGGUACUGGUGAAGAGGUGGGGUCAGAGCAAGCGGCCACAAGGAAACUGAGGCAAGCACAACGGUUUCAAAGGAAGACUGUAAGCGCGAUGGUUAGAGUAAAGCACUAAUCAUGCCUCUGCGUGACCCGAUGGCACAUAUAUGUUGUAGAAUAAGUUAUGGAUUUUUAUGUUUUGUUUUAUGUUUUUACAAAACUUGAACUUGCAGGCAAGCCUUGGUUGGGUAUUUGACUUAUCCAGAAUGCUUCUCUUUAGGGAACAAGAAUGUUUUUAAUGGCAUAACAAAGGCAAGACUCUGCCUUAAUUUUUGAAAAGCUGCUAACUACAUGAACACAAAUUGUAUUUUUGUUGCAGUGUAGUUUUUUUUUAUUAUUAUUUUGUAUAAUUUUAAAGUCAGUGUUGAACUUUAUUGAAAGUUCAUGAUGCGCUUCAAAGUGGCAAGUAUUUGGCUAUUAACUGCCAACGCGAGAGCCUGAUUUUUUGAGGCCAGUAAUUUGUUUGCUAGAAUUGAUUUUUUUUCUCUCUCUUUGGUUACAUAAGGGCAUUAUGUAACUCUAGCCAAAUGGUAGCCUCUAGGUUGUUGGUUUUUUUGUCCUCCAUGACGUUAAUGGGUUAUCUCAAAUUUUAAGUUAGACUACCUAAAAUAAAUACCAAAGAUAAUGCAUAAUUUUGCACAGUGAAGCUUAUACUAAAAAGGAAACAAAGCCCCAUGGGCUUCCUUGAAAUCAAGAGACAAUAACUUUGAACCUCAGCAAGACCUUGAACCACCGGUUCUUUUUGCACCUUAUUCAGAAAAUACAGCAUCAUACACACAGAGUCUAGUAAGUGUAGUGCUUUUUAAAUUUUGUUCUUUCAUGUGACGUUCUUAAUUGAAGAGGAAGAGAAAGAAGAAGAAGAAAGGAGAAGUAAAAUUCACAAACACACAUAGUAUCAAUGUCUUUUCUUUCCUGCAAGGUAGUGCUGGCCAGUGAGAGAUAGUGAUGUGCUCUUUGAGUAUUCUGGGCUUUCCCUUUUUGCACAUUCCAAAUUUUAUUCCGUAAGAUAAGAUCUUCAUUGAAUCUUGUUAGUAUCCUGGCAUCCUCAGAACUGAGCCAUCCAGCGUGAAAGAUAAAUAGGUUUAAACCAUGGCUGCUGAAUGCAUUGACUUGUCUAUCAGGACAUUUCCAGCUCAGCUUCACCUUAGAAAAGAUGCCACGCCUGGCCUCCAGGUUUGUUCUUCUCAUCAGUCUGGAGCAAGUGCUACAGUGUCAGAGAGGGUGGCAGAUGCUAAAGUCGGGUGGCAAAGAGGUGUGGACAAGCCACUUUGAUAAAGCACUUCAGAUAAAGUAUUCAGGAGGGAGAGGAAAGUUGCCUUUUUCAUGGCAGAGGGUAGGAGUGAAAGUGCCUAAGUAUUUCAGGGUCAAAGAGAGCCAUCAGAAUUACCAUAAUCACAAAUAAAGGAGAUAAUGGUCUAAAAGGGUUAUUUUCCAUUUUUGUGUGCAUACUCUUGAUUAAAUGUGAGCUGAUCAUUGUCUUCUGUGGAGCCCUAGAGCAGGUUACUAAGGAGGGACACGUCGUUUUCCAGAAGCCUCUCCUGCCUGGCUGUCUGCCUUGCUAGAAUUUUUUUUCCCCCUGCUCUAGCUCAACAAUGUAGCUCUUUUUUGGUUUAAACUUCCCUAUUUGUGAAUUCUGGGGUUACUGACUUUUUAAUUGGAGUCUCAAAAUCAACUCUUUUAUGGUAUUAUAUCCCUGUAUGCCAUUAAAAAACAACUUGUUCUAGAAUCAUGUAUUUUGUAAUCUGACGUUUGUGAUGGUCUCUGGUUCUUGAACAGCCAUAUCCGAAUGCAGUGCCUGCAAAAAUAUGACAGUUUCUGCUAAUUUCAGCCUUCAAAUUUGAUGAGUUUGCAAGCCGUGGUGGUGUUUUCAUUGAAACCAAGAAAGAGGUGUUAAGCAAGGGGAUGUUAUUUUAAAUCCAAAUUUAAAGGCAGGUUUGGGAAGUUGUUUAAAGAGUUAAAGGAAUUGGGGAUUGAGUGGACAAGAGAACGUUUAGAAGAGGCAACAAUUUGGUCCUGACAGUGAGAGGACAUUGAGGGCUUCAGCUGCUGCUAUUAUGAUGUUUUGCAAAGGAAAAUAAUCAAACCAAAGAGUAUUCAGUGAUACGUAAACUAAAUGAAGAUGCAGUGGAGAAUGGGGUGACCACAAAAGAGGCUCCCCCCAAACACGCAGUGCUACCACUUAAAAAGACUUGAGACGUAUGAAAGGGGGAGGGUAUGGGGGCAAGAAAGAAGGAGAGAAAUCUUUCAACUUAUUUCUGAAAAAGAAAAAAAAUCUAAAAUUUCUGGUGCACAGGUUUGUUUGUUUGUUUUUUCCAAGAAAAUUUUGCAGAAGCUAUGUUUUUAAAGUGUACAUUUUAUAAAGUUUAUCAGAUAUUUUCAUAUUUAAAGCCAAAUGUAAAUAGAAAUCUGUAAAGGAAAAAAAAUUGCCAUAGAAAGUAUACUUUCAGUGCAGUGAUUUCUGAAAGCUAGUACCUAUAUGCUACCGGUUAGCAUGGUUUUAGCAAAUAUUUACCAGCCUUAUAAGGUUCGUAUUGCUAUGUUCUUCUGUUAUUUAUUUCAGCAUGGACUGUUCAUUGAAAGCUUUUUCUAGUUAUUAGCAUUUUAACAGUUACAAGCUUUAAAUGGCAAUUUUUUUUUUUUUUUGUCAAGAGCCAAGACACAGGUAAUGCACGACACUUACUGCUGCAUUUUACCUUCAAAAUAUUUGUUCUCAUUGACUGGGUCUCCUUAACUAGUGUACACAUGUCAUUAGAAUGCAGAUGGAAGGGACUCACCAUGAAUAUCUGGGGGCAGUUCCCAGAUGCAUGUUGCUUCUCUAUUGCAAGCAAAUCCCUGUUUAAUUUACUUAGAAUUUAUUCCCUUUUACAGAAUUUUUGCCCAUAUCUGGAUGGGCACUAUAUUUUUGGGGGGAGCCGUAGAUUCCUGGUUAUCCUAUUUUUAAAUAAAAUGUAGACAAAGUGAAUUCUAUUUUGAAUAUUGAGAAAGGAAUAGUUUUCUAUCCCUCUAAGAGUAUACUUGAAUCAGACAUUUUAAGGAUGUCACUAUAGCACUGUUGUCAUUUCCAAAUUCCUAGAGAAAGUUUGUUUUACUUUGUUUUUAUUCUUUUAAUGCGUUCUUUCUUCCCUUCACUUCCUUUCUUCCCUAUAUACCCCUAUCCCAAAUCUUGAUGUUUAUUUGAUAAGCUCUGUCCCUCAAAUCAUGUUCCCCUUGCAAAUAAUAAAUGUCAGUUUGUAUUUUAUAAUAAGCCACUCAGUAAUGGCAAAAAGCUUGUCCUGAGAAGUAGAGUGAGUUCUUUUUCACUCUGUGUCUAAUAAUGUUAAGGUGAAAAAAAAAAAAAGUGUUGCAUAAACACCUCCCCAUCCUCAACCCUCAGCAAACUAGAAUCUCUUUUCUAGUAAUGUUGGGUUUUAGCUCUGGGCUCUGGCGAGUUGAACAAUCCUGGCCUUUGAGAAUCGUGAUAGUUAUUAUUUUCCCAUUUGCCGUCUUUUUGUAUCUAAAGUCUUCCUGUUGUACUGCACAAACCAUGGAUUGUACAUAUUUUUAUAUAUUAUGUCUUAUUUUAUUAUUUCUAAAUAAAAAUCUAAAAAUUGAAAA